CAACAUCAUGGGGCGGAUCUUCGGGCUACCUUUGCAGGCCGCGGGAGCGUACUCAGCUAUCAGGAACGGUAUUGAGGUCGUAGCCGAGAGCGACUUGGGCUUGAGGGCGGACGGCAGAAUGUACCUGAAGAAUGUCAAUCUGAAAUUAUUCAAAACUAAAUCACAUCAUCUGCAGCUCGAAAACCCCUCCGGCAGCAAUACUGUUCUCAGUGACGUCAUGCAGAACUUCCUGAACGAAGUCUUUGACAUGAUACUGAGAGCCCAGCAUCCUGACCUGCAGAAGAUGUAUGGGGACUUCAUGGCGAAAGUCAUCAAGCCUGCAGUUGAUUCCCUGCCACUAGAUGUCGUCUCGUAUAUACCUAAUGCUAAUUCAUUAGAUAAACAUAGGCGCAAGACAAAUGAAAGACUGAUAGGUGAGGCUCAAGCGACCGUAUUUCAGCGAUCGAAUUUCGUCUACGGGUUAUAUCCCAUAACAUUAAUGUUAAUGUAAAACGAUUACGCAAAGAAAUGAUGAGCAUGUCAUCACUCACAUUGAUUAUUUAAAUUAUUUUUCAAUUAGUUAUCCAGUCCAGCAAGAUAUAGAGGUCCUAUUAAAUGCGGUAGUUGCCCUAGCAAAGAAUAUCGUAUGAUUCCACUUAGGAAAAUGAGUAAGUCUUUGUCCAGAUAAAGAUGCACUUAUUGCGAGUGUGCGCCAUCCUGACAAACUCUGGUGUGGCAGAGGAGCGUAUCAGAGCUACGUUCGCUCUUUGCUCGUGUGUGUGUGUAUGUGUAAAAUGAAUUAAAUGAAAUGUGUAAUUUUUCCAGAUAAUUAUCACUGGACGCUAUGACUCACUCAUGUUUCUUGGUGUACCACGGAAUGUCCUGUAUGAUUUAGUUUCUAAAUUUAAAUUAGAUGCUAUAUAUGCUACUACUAAAUACUGUGAGUAAACGAACAGUUCCAUGUUCGAUAACGUCCGUUAGUAGUGCGUUAUUACCAUUCUAAUAUAGCUUUAUAAAUUUCUAUGUUUAA